UGAAAUUUCCUGAUGCUGAUCAUGAUGUCACAGGAGGAGGAAAAAACCCUCCAAGAAUAGAAAUGGCAUAUACUUUUAAUGCAACUUACUCAUCGCUUGCUGGUGUUUAGACUCGACCUUCGGAGUUGCCCAAUGUCCUGGCUUCCGCUCAGGCACAAUGAAGGAGUGGCUCGAGAAGGAGCUGUAAGCAAACAGAGCUGGAUUCCUUCAUUUCCCUGUUCGGAUGUGAUGCAGGAAGACGGGGGAGAGAACAACUCCGCGACGGUGGCUUCUGAACAUUCUGCUGGCUACGAGCCCUUUCCCAGGCUCCCUCUUGGUUUAUCCUGCAGGAUCCCCAGGAGCCGCACUCACGGAUACCUUGCUUACAAAACCCCGUGUGCUUGCAUCAACUACCAAGCCCUCCUUCCUCUGCCAAGCAGUGGAGUACGACUGUCUCGCUGAUGCAGGCCUGGCCACUAAACCCUUGCUUAGGGGCAAGGGGAAGUCCUCUGGAAUUCUCAUAGACCUCAUUGUGUGUGUGUGGCUUGUGUGCAUUACUGGAUUAGAGCAAAUGGGAUACAAAGGAACAAAGAACAGGAUGCAUUGCUAUCGGAGGCGGCCAAAGAAGGAUGUGCCACUGAUGGAGUCUGAAAAAAUCAAAGGGGAAGAUCCUUUCCCCUCAGCAACCCACAAAUUCAAUGAACCUUCUAAUCCUGCACCAGCCAGAAGGCAGCAUGAUGUCACAGAAUUUUUCACCAGGGGCGAUGUUUCUGAAGAGAGGGUGGCAGUGACAGCAGAGGAUAAAAAGAACGCUUUUUCUCAAGCCCUGCCACUUCUCUUUGUCAUGGAAGAACAGAUAUGGGGCAGAUUCCCUAGCCCUGUGGAAAGAGAGACAUCAAUGGGACUGGAAAGAGCCCAGAGAGAUCCAGAGGACUGGGGAGAAUUUUCCGAGCGAGAAAAUCUUCUCAAUAUACAAGAAGUCACUUUGGAGGAUAACAAGGAGGCCCCUUUGGAUCCCCAUCAGAGAGAACUUGAAGCUGCUCGUUCCUUAAGUGAUCAUGAAUCUUCCCUUUUCAGUACAGCAACUCUUGAACAGAUCUCAAGUAUUCCCAGUGAGGUCGCGGUGGAAGAGAUCAAAGGUGAAACCCUUGUUCUUGGAUUUCCCCAAGCUCUGAACCCUCGUGAUGCAUUUUCUCAGACACUGUGUGAGGAAACACAUUCAACAGGCACUUUUUCUGCUAGUGAGGAAUCAGCCUAUGACUAUCCCCCGGUGAGUCAUGAUGUUUCAGAGCAUCACCAGAAUGCUGAGCCUUCCAAAUGCAGAUCAGAUGAAAAUCACUCAUUGGAACUAGAGUCUCAAUAUGAACUAGACAAGAGCCAUAUGCCAAAUAUGGAAGUCACAUCGGAGAUUGAUGAGAAGAUGUCCCCUAAGACCGAAGGAGCUGGCCAGGUGCACCCAGAUACCUCCAUAGUGAAUGAAGAGGGGAAAGUAAGAGAGUUAAAAGGGACAAAGAGAGGGUGUGAAAUCUUCUGCACUUUUCCACCUAAUGAAAUUUUGUCUCUGCCAGUCUCCAAUAGAGUAGACAAUAAUUCAGAUAUAGGAGAGGAAGUGGAAAAAUCGGGACAAAAUUCAUUUAUUUGCACUGUCCUCCAUCUUGAGGAGGAGGAUGUCAUAGGAGGAAGCAAGACUCGUUCACUAAAGGAGACGGUUAAAACCAAGCAUGCUACUGAUUGUGAUGAAGCAGAAUCAUCUCAGGUAUCAAAAUCAUUGGAGGCAGGGCCUGCAGAAUUGGACCCAACAGAGUUGGUAGACACUGAACUAAAUGAGGAAUGCCUGGAAUGGAAGGGAAUGGAGAAAAAAGUGGAAACAGAGCAGAAUAAUCUAGAAUUGAGACACAAAGGUCAGGAACAACAAGACUGUUGUGUGCAGAUAAGGCAAGCAUCAAAGCAAGGGGUAGAGAGAGAGAUAACUGCCCCACUAGGUUUAAACGCACUGCAAAUGAACGUGGAUCUUCCUGAUUUAAACAAGAACUGUUCUUUGGUUGAGGCCGAAGCAUCUAAUUUCACUUUCAAGGAGCUCUUAUCUCCAAAUCACAGUCCAAAGUCAGUCUGGACGCAGGACUCUGGUAAUCCACAAAUAGCAAAGGCAAGAGCUAUGUCAAUAUCUGAAGGUAUCCCAGUGUGUGAGAGCCCAAGGACACAGGCUCCAACAUGCCAUGAUUCUAGACAACUGGAAUCUUCUGGCGUCUUUGAUCAAGUUGGCCAUAAUAGCCAAGGCAGUGAGCAACCCCCUGAGGAAGAUGGAAGAGCUAUUGAAAGAGAGGACAGCAAAUAUGGUGGUGAAGAGACAAGUGUUGUGAGUCUUGAUGGCGAAGGAAGACCACCAUCCUGUAGAGAUUUAAUAGUAACUCCUGAUUCACAGAUUUAUCUGUAUGAUUCUCAGCCUGUGGAUCACCCUGUUGAUGGUGAAAUCCAUAUCACUGCCUCAUCACUGGGGACCUCAACAGAGACAGAUUCUCUGGAGGAAGGUGCUGGCAAGAGAGCCAGAGAUGGUACUGUUGUGCCAUGUAAAGAAUCAGAAUCUACACAAGAGCCAGAAAACCAGAAUCUGCUUAAGCCAUGUCAGCUGAACAGAAUGGAUUGUGGAGAAGUACUGAGCAGUGAUGCAGACAUCUGGACUUCCAGCAAAAAUGACAUAUCUGGUAAAGACUUAUAUGAAGUUGCCCAGGGUACUGCUUCUGAGAUCCUUCAAAGUAUACCAUCAGGGGAGGGUUUGUCCAACACAGACAGACAGAGUGUAGAAUUCAGCCCUGAUCCAGAAUCAUUCCAGGCACAAGACACUACCAUAAGUUAUCUGGAAACCCCAAUGAGGAGCCUUGAGAUUCCAGAAAAGGAAGCGGGAGCAGAUACACAUUGCAUGGAACAACAAACUUUAAUCAGUGAGUCACCAUGUUCAUUAGUUCUUGAAGAGGAUGGAACAGCAUGUGGCAACACGGAGACCCCAAAUGUGGCUCAGCCAACAAAGCCUUUGACCCCAACACCUGCCUCGGAUAAGGCCAUUCCUCCAGAGCCUGCUUCCGGCCACUUAAAUCAGUUCAUGCCAACUGAGUCUGCUCAGUUUUUAAGCCCUGCACCUAAUGCAGACACCCUUGCUCAGCCCCUCACUUCUGCUCUUGCACCCAGUCAGCCCAGUCAGCUCCUAGAACAACUGCCCUCUCCCAGUCAAGCUUGCCAGUUUUUAGCCCUAAAGUCCACUGCCAUUAAGGCGCCACAGUCUUCAGUCCCGACACCUGACAAUGAACUAUUUAAUCAGCCCCCAGCGACGGAAUGCAAUUCCAACCAACAUAUGCCACAUCCACUCCAUUCUGAUUUGGUGUUUCCUGCCGAUCACCCCAUUCAACUAGCAAACUCUAGCCAAACCAGGGAAUCUGUAGCUCUUGAGUUUAACUCCAACCCCACAGCCUUUACUGUUAACAGGGACCUUCAGCUUCCACAUCCAGCUUCCAGCUCCAACAUGCCUCCAGCUCCUGAUAGUGAUCAGUUUGCCCAACAACCAGUUGAAGCACCAGAGUCUACUCUACCUAUUAACUAUAUAGAUGGGGGUGGUUGUGUGUUUGUUGCCGACUGCAUCUCUCAGACCUAUGCUGCUGAAGCCGAAAAGCUUGCCCAUGCUCCAAACAUAGACAGCAGAGUUGAAGAAUUCCCUGUUGUACAGUUGGCCAAUUCAGAAGGGGCAGGUACUUCACAAGGCCAGAAGAGCAGGAAUAUACACGAAGCAUCCAGUCUAUUGGAGAUACACCCAGAUGUUGGCAUUUCGGGAAACAGUGGGCCAGUGGAAGACUCCUCCUGCAACAUUCCUGAUACUAUGGAUAUAUGCGAUGGGAAGUCAUCAAAUAAAUACAGCCUCCAUCCCUCAGUAAGGAGUCAGAAAAUGUCUGAAGUUGCAGAGGCCAGAAGUCCAAUGCGACCUUCACUUAUAGCAUUCACCAACCCAAUUCACUUUUUCCAGCGAGGCCCUCCAUCUCCACCAACUAUCAGACACCCAUGCAGAGAACAGGCUGCCUGUCAAGGGCCGCAGUGGUGGCAGCAGUCCCAGAGAGAAGAUGCUAAGAGAGAUGCAGAGGACACCGUCCCACCUGUGCUUCCCAGAAAGGAAGGCGGAGCCAGGCACCUACCCUUAGAGAAAUGUACUAGUUGUCCAAAUAAAAGUGUAGACGCAAAGGAACCAACAUCCAGUUCCAAGAAACAGGAAGUGCUAAGCAAACACCGGGCUAAAAGCAAAGACUGGCAUCGGCAGGGUUUGAGAAAGAUCUCAAUACCAACGGACAAUGAAUUAGAGUUUAUAGCAUCUCUUAUCUCGUCAAAGGAGGAAGCCCCUGCACACAAAGAAAAAUCAGACCAUUUCGACAGAAUGAAAUUUGGAGAGAAGAAACUACUAGAGACAGCAGAAACCAUCAAACGGCGGCGCUCCAAAUUAAUCAACUCGUCGAAGUUGCUCUACCAGGAAUACAGCGAUGUUGCACUGAACAAAGCUAUUCAAAGUCAAAAGAGAGCAGAUUCCUUGACCGAAGAUUUGGAGUAUAAAUCCACAGACUCCCCGAGGUUACGAAGAAAAAACAUCUCCCCUCAGGAUUCCUACCUGCAACGCUUGUCCGUCUCAUCCUCGACGUCCCUGUGGCAGGACAUCCCCAUGGUCCGAGAGAGCACUGUGCUGCUGAGCAUGACCCGUGAGGAGCAGAAGUUGCAGGAGGCCAAGUUUGAACUGAUUGUAUCAGAAGCCUCAUACCUGCGGAGCUUAAAUGUGGCCGUGGACCACUUCCAGCACUGCCACGAACUCCAAGCUGUCUUAACGAAUCAAGAUAAACAGUGGCUUUUCUCCCGCCUUCAGGAUGUACGUGACGUUAGUGCCAACUUCCUAUUUGACCUGGAGGAGAAGCUUGAGGAGAACAUGUUCACCUUCAAUGUGUGUGACGUGGCUCUGAGGCAUGCACCAGAAUUCCGGAGGGUUUACCUGCCGUAUGUGACAAACCAGACGUACCAGGAGCAGACAUUUCGGCGACUACUGAAUGAUGUCCCUGCCUUCCAACAGGUUUUGGAGAGACUAGAAAGUGAUCCUGUUUGCCAGCGCCUGUCUCUCAAAUCCUUCCUCAUCCUCCCGUUCCAGCGCAUCACAAGACUUAAACUCCUUCUCCAGAACAUACUGAAGAGAACUCGGCCCGGUGCCGAUGAAGAGGUACAGGCCACUCAAGCAUAUGAUGCACUUGAAAAGCUCAUCAAAGAUUGCAAUGAAAAUGUCCAGCGUAUGAGGAGCACUGAGGAGCUAAUCUACUUGGGUAAAAAUAUGGAGUUUGAAUGCAAGAUUUUCCCACUCAUCUCGCAGUCACGGCGGCUGGUCAAACGUGGGGAACUCACAGCGCUGGAGUACAACUUGAGCUUGAAGUGGAAACUGACCACCCGGCCAAUCUACCUGCAUCUCUUUAAUGACUACCUGCUCCUAUCUCGGCCCAGAGAGAAUGGGCGCUUUAUUGUAUUUGAUUUUGCUGCUUCCUCGAAUGUGCGUGGAGAGAAGUGUGAAAUGAAACUGCACGGCUCAAGCAAAAACCUUUUCCGCCUCUUCCUGCUGCAGAACAAUCAGGGGAAAAAAGUGGAGUUCCUCUUCCGUACAGAAACACAGAGUGAGAAGCUGAGGUGGAUUUCUGCUCUUAUGCCACAGCAAGCUGAACAUGACCUUUUGGAUGACCCUGCUCUCUUAGACAAACUUCAGGUUCAGUGUGUGAGGUCAUACAAAGCCCGAGAGAAUGAUGAGCUGGCGCUGGAGAAAGCAGAUAUAAUUAUGGUCCUUCAGCAAAGUAGUGACGGGUGGUUUGAAGGAGUGAAACUCUCCGAUGGGGAAAAAGGCUGGUUCCCUUCCGAUCACGUGGAAAUAAUCUCCAGCAAGCAAGCUCGCCAGAUGAAUCUGAAGGAGGAACAGCGUGUCAAGUAUGCAAAACAACAAGUCUUUCAUAAGAGAUAGGGCCCUGUUUCCCCCAAAGACAAACACUUUUACGCUCGUCUCCAUUGUGGCUCCAUUAACCCAACAGUACAUUGCUGUUUUUGGUUUUCUGGAAGAGAAACCUCCUUUGACGCCAUCAACAAAUGUUUAACCAAUACAGGACACAGUACGUACCAAAGAAAUGAAAACUGACUUGGUGGAAAGAUUCUCUUCCUGUGCAUCACCAGAGGAGGAAAAAGAGAAGAAAAAACCUGCAUUAGCUUUGGCUUGAUGGUUUCAAAUAAGAAAUACAGUUGGAAACUGGAUAUUAGGACUUCUGGGAACCAAUUAUUGACACUGCCGUUGUUCCAAUGCAUGAACUCCUCGCUUGGGGCCUUUGCUUCAGUUUCUGCUCUGCCAAAUGAGGCUAUGACUUACCUCACAGAAAGGUGUGGAGCUAAUAAUGUUCCCAAACGCUUUGAAGCCUUCCCAAAAAGAAGAUGCUAGAGAAAAGCAAAAAUAUAUUUUAUAUGUAUUGUCAUGGAAAUUG